AUGGAACCGGCGCUGGGCCCGGAAUUCGAGGAUUCCCUGUUCGCGCCCAGCCGGGAGCGGCGGGAGGGCGGCGGGGACGGGGCUGCGUGCGGGGCCCGGCACUGCGAGCCCGGCUGGUUCCAAAGCGCGGCUGACGCCGGGGAAGGCGCCGGCGGGAUCACGAGCAGCAAGUUCCGGGCGGACUGGGCGUUCCGGCAGCGGGACUUCGAGAAAGCCCUGUGUGAAUACUCAGACUGCCUGCUACUCUUACCUGCCAGCAACAUUGCAAUGAGGCGUGAUGUCCAGGAGGGCCAGGCUCGCUGUUUAUCUCGCCUGGGGAGGCACAAGGAGGCUCUGGAUAUUGCAGAAAAAAUGAGAAACAGCGCCACUAACACAGAUCACUUAACGACGGUUCUCAGCCUGCAGUUUUCCAUUUACCAGGGGCUGGAAAAUGUAGAAAAAAAGAUGAUGUGUCUGCAGCAACUGAUCUGCUUACAUCCUUUCAAUCCCUGGUUCUGGAAGUUACUUGCUGAAGCUUAUAUGAGCCUUCUACGGAAUUUGUCUCCAUUGGUCAUUCCAGAAGCAAAUCUAAAUCGGUCUGAAGAGGUUUGUGUGAGUAAUAGCAGUUUCCAAACAUCGACUGGCAGAGAGAUUAAUCUGCAGCCUCACAGACCAGAGGGCCAGAAGGAAGGCCCUUGCUUCAGCCCUGCUGCAGAAACAAAGGGGGAGAAUGCAGUGACUUUUCCCAGCAGCCAAGUAGUGAAAGAAUUCCUCUGCACUUCAGGAGAACUGGAACGGAUGGAUAAAGAGAAAUGUGCAGGCUCCAAGGCCUGGAAGCAGAGCAUGUUAAAGAAAGUUGGGAUAAAAGCAUGUGCCUCGUUUAUCAGAGCAAGGCUUUUACUUCAGCUUACCCAGUCACAACAGUUGUCCUUUGUGCUAGAGAAUAACAGAAAAUGUCAGAAAGAAAUUGAUGACAAGGUGGCUCUACUUGGUUUUGAUGAAAACUCCUUGCUGUUGAUGACCAAAGCUAUGGGACAAGAUCUUAUACCAGAAAAACUAAAAGAGGAGUUUCAGGGUGAGGUAAAAUGCAUAGGCCCUUCAGCACUGUCAUCACUGGUAACUGCUUCAGUCAUGGAAUUUGAAGUCAAAUGGUUUGGUAAUCUCCAAGAUGAUUUAUGUCACUUUGAUGGACAAUUUUAUUCAGAUAUUUAUCUCCCACCUUUAGUAACAUAGACAUUUUGUUGUAUUUAUUCUUGUAUCUCCAAAUUAUUAUGGCAUGAUACAUGCAAUAAAGUUAAUUUUACAUUUUUUAAGAAUUCUUACUGUAUUUUAAGAGUAGAUAUAAAUCCCUGUAUUUAAACUCUUAAUCUUGCAUCCUUUUCUUUGUUCAUUGAUUUGUUUGUAUUUAAAAUUAUAAGGAACACAGUGUAAAAUCAAGCUUUCAGCUU